UGAUCAGAGCACAAUUCCAACAAAUCUAUUUUGGUCUGUGAGUGACGAAGUGCUUCCAGUUACAACUGAAAUCUGCCUGAUGCUUCGCGACAUUGCUGUUAUUCUCACAUUUCUGUUUUUAACGAUAUCUUCUAUAAUUUUCUUCAGAAAUGAGUACGAAAUUUCGACGCUUGUGUCUACCAUUGCUGUGUUUAUAAGUGGCGCGAUUCCCAGCCUCUUUCUUAAAGGACUGACUAGAGGGAAGAAUUUUAGUGGCUGGAGAAGGGUCCUACUAGAAAGGAAAAUUAAAGCGGCAGUCAGAAAGUACGCGCGAGAAGGUAGCCGAGUAGGUAUAAACAGAGAAACCGUAGAGAGAAGUUCGUUCCAAAAUGACAGUUACAUAGUUGUAUAAAAUAAUGCAUCA